AUGUCUAUAGUUUGUAUCAAGCAUAACAUUGUGGUACCUGCUUUUGAUGAGCUGUAUGUAAACUCUGGAAAAUCACGACGUAAACCUGCUGACUAUACUGCCUUUCAUCAUUAUCGUGUUGAAGUCUUUUGCAAAAUAAUUGAUUGGCAAUUGCAAGAACUUAAUGAUUAUUUCGCUGAGGUGAAAACUGAGUUGCUUCAUGGUGUUGCUUGUUUGAAUCCGGUAGACUCAUUUUUAAGUUUUGACAUUCAAAAAAUUAUGAGAAUGGUUGAAUUAUAUCCUGAUGACUUUAAUGAACUUAUGUGUGCACUUAAGAAUCAACUUGCAAAUUACAUUAUUGAUGUUCGUGACAUUGAUAAAAGAUUCUCCAAUUUAAAUAGGCUCUGUCAUCUUUCAAAAAGAUUGGUUCAGAUAAAAAAGCAUUCAUGUUAUCCUCUUGCAGUUCGUUUGGUGAAAUUUUCGUUGCUUCUGCCAGUUGCUGAAGGAUAA